CAAACAUCUAUUCCUUCGUUUACACCAUUAACACUUGGUUCACUUUUCCUACAUUUCUCCCACUUGUCAGGCACACAAAUACAAUAGAUAAGCAAUAAAUUUAUAUUCUUUCCUUUCGGCCCAACUCUUAAGACAGACCUUUCAAGAUGCUGCCGACCAAUGCGAGCCUGUCGACUCUAUCGACUUUUGCCCGCAUGGCGUACCGCCAGACUGCUUGUCGGAUAACCGGGCGAUUCUCCUUUUCGACACGACACAGCCAGGUCGUGGAGGACCCCAUCAGGAUUGAUGAGUACCGUCGGCGGGACGAGCCCAAUCCGGAGUACCACCACGCCCCGCGGUGCUAUGUGAAAAACUUCCAAAAGCACCAGGAUCAGGCUCAGGACCAGAUGCAGACCAUUCGCUUCAAUAAUCCCCGCUACCGCUGGGCGGAUUUUCGACGACGAAUGGUUUACGGGACCUACGAUAUCUAGACACGGUUUGGACUAACUGGACUCCAGUUCGGAUGGCCUCCAUUCGGAAAUGUCUUGUUAAAAUAUAACCGGCAUCUUUUCAAUAAUCAGAAAGAUAGAGCCUAGUCAAGCAAUUACCCCCGUUAUACACGGAUCAAUCUCAAUCGCCCGCCGAAAUUUCCAAAAUUUGAUAAUCAAUAGAAUAAGUAUUUACCGAUAUUGUAAUUUGUUUCGAUUAUGGGGCUACAGCAAUGAAGCUUUUUAACGCAGUGAAGAAGACAUUAUCACAUAGCUCCCAGGGGAACAACCGGUAAAUAAAAAAA